GCUCAGCUGGUCAGACCGGUUCCGAGUCGAGUUGGCGCCGUCCGCCUUUAUCUCUAUCUCAUAGGCCUGAGUAGAGAGUUUUGCUGACUGCUGCGCAGUGGGGUUUCACUAUAAAAUCAAUAGGCUCCCCCGCAGCGGAAAAAAUGGCAGGUAGUCUUUUACACUCCUUCGCCACUUCCUUCUCUUCUUGUUCGUCUUCGUCUUCUUCCCGUCUCCUUCUCUCCCAUUCUCCUCCCUCCUUGUUCUUGACGAGCUUCCGUCGGUCCGCCGCUGUUGCUGCUCCCGGGGUUCGAUUCUCGCGUGUCCUCUCUUCUUCUUCUUCGUCGUCUUCAUCUUCUCGCUCGCCGUUGUGUUAUCGGAGAGGACAGAGGAGGCUUAUGGCGCACUCAAUUGCUCGGGCAACUCUGGGGCUCACUCAGCCCAAUGCCGUCGAUGUCCCGAAGAUCGCAUUCGCUGCGAAAGAGAUCAAUGCGGUGGAAUGGAAAGGAGAUUUACUUGCGGUUGGUGUCACCGAGAAGGACAUGGCUAAGGAUGAGAGCUCGAAGUUCGGUAACUCACUUCUGAAGAAGCUCGAUUCCCAGUUGGGUGGUCUACUGAGUGAAGCCUCUUCCGAGGAGGAUUUCACAGGAAAAGCUGGUCAGUCAAUGGUGCUUAGGCUUCCUGGUCUGAGCUCCAAAAGGAUAGGCUUGAUUGGUCUUGGACAAUCUAGCUCGACCACAUUUGCUUUCCGUGGCUUUGGUGAGGCUUUUGCUGCUGCUGCCAAGUCUACUCAGGCUAACAGUGCUGCUGUUACCCUUGCAACGACGGACAGCAUAUCAAACGACUCAAAGCUCAGCACUGCUUCAGCAAUAGCAUCCGGGACUGUGUUGGGAUUGUACGAGGACACUAGGUACAAGUCAGAAGGGAAGAAACCCGUGCUUAAAUCUGUUGAUUUCAUUGGUCUUGGAAGUGGAGCUGAAAUAGAGAAGAAGUUGAAAUAUGCUGAAGACGUUUCCACCGCUGUAAUUUUUGGGAAAGAGCUUGUGAAUUCCCCAGCUAAUGUUCUUACUCCUGCUGUACUGGCUGAGGAAGCUUCCAAGAUUGCUUCCACAUACAGUGACGUUUUCACUGCUACUAUCCUUGAUGCCAAAAAGUGUGAAGAAUUGAAAAUGGGAUCCUAUCUUGGCGUUGCUGCAGCAUCGGCAAACCCUCCUCAUUUCAUUCAUUUGUGUUACAAGCCUUCGAGUGGACCUGUUAAAACCAAGCUGGCAUUGGUUGGAAAGGGAUUGACUUUUGACAGGUUUUUCGAUUCCACUACCAUGUCUGAAAAAGUUGUGUUUUAUGUCUCCAGUGGUGGCUACAACAUCAAGACAGGAGCAGGCUGUUCCAUUGAGCUCAUGAAAUUUGACAUGGGUGGUUCAGCAGCUGUUCUUGGUGCAGCAAAAGCCAUAGGUCAAGUUAAACCUCCUGGAGUCGAGGUUCACUUCAUUGUUGCAGCUUGUGAGAACAUGAUCAGUGGGACUGGUAUGAGGCCUGGGGAUGUAGUCACAGCAUCAAAUGGGAAGACAAUUGAGGUGAAUAACACUGAUGCUGAGGGCAGGCUAACACUUGCAGAUGCAUUGGUUUAUGCAUGCAAUCAGGGUGUGGAGAAGAUAAUUGAUCUGGCGACGUUAACUGGUGCUUGUGUAGUUGCUCUUGGGCCCUCAAUUGCAGGUGUCUUUACACCAAGCGAUGACCUGGCCAAGGAAGUAUUCACAGCAGCAGAGGCGAGCGGGGAGAAACUUUGGAGGAUGCCAUUGGAGGAAAGCUACUGGGAUAACAUGAAGUCAGGUGUAGCCGACAUGGUCAAUACCGGUGGUCGUCAGGGAGGAGCCAUCACUGCUGCUCUAUUCCUGAAACAGUUUGUCGACGAGAAAGUCCAAUGGAUGCACAUCGACAUGGCUGGACCCGUGUGGAACGACAAGAAGCGUGCUGCCACAGGAUUCGGAAUCGGAACUUUGGUGGAGUGGGUCCUGCUCAACUCUUCUUCAUAGACACGCACAGACAAGCAUCAGCAACUAAAAAUAAUUGCUUUAAUGGUUUGGGGAUCCAUCAGUUUCAGGAAUAAUAGAAAAUGAAAAGGGUGUUUCGAACAGCAAGGGGGGAAAAGGAGUGUUUAUGUGAGGAAUUUUGGCAUUUUCUUUUGGCGCUUUGGGUACAAGAACAGAGUUAGGGACUCUGUUAUUCCUUCUGCUUGAAGUUCAUUGGGUUGCAUGCUUAAAACCGGGAAAUCGAUUCCCUUUCGACAUAGAAUUUGGUACUACAAGAACUCUGUUUCUCUUCUCAUACGAAAUGAUAAUUCAAUUCUCAACAAAAUUGGUUCGAAACCGAGCUAUGAUUGUCGAUCUCAUCCGAAUUCUGCAUAUCGAACCCUCAUUGCAGAUAUGAAACCACAGAAGUUCAUUCAUACACCACUUCCUUUAUUCAUGCCGUCACCCAUCGCCGCAAAUACACAAAAAGAAGAGACUAUCACGAAGAUUUCACCAUGGAUUCCACAAACCCACUCCCAAGCAGCCGCUCCACGUACUUGCCCAAAAUGUCGACCUCCAAAUUCACCUUCUCCCCUACGCUCUUCAUCGGAACCACAACUUCCUGCUGGGUAUAAGCCACCAUCAUGAAGUUGAAGCACCCUUCCUCCUCCAUCACAUCCACCACGGUCAAGCUCGUCCCGUCGACGGCGAUGAACCCUUUGGGAACAAUGUAUCUCAACAGCUCCUCAUCCUCCACUCUCACCUUCACCCACAGCGAGUCCCCUUCCUUGACUCUGCUCACGAUCUCCCCUGUUCCGUCCACGUGUCCCUGCACGAAAUGCCCGCCCAUCCGGCCCGCGGGCUGUACCGCCCGCUCCAGGUUGACCCUUGACCCGGGUCCCAGCUCCAUCAGCGACGUCUUCCUCAGCGUCUCCGGGGCCAGCCCGGCGGUGAAACAUUCGUCGGUGAAUUCCGUCACCGUCAGGCAGGUCCCGUUGACGGCGAUGCUGUCGCCGAGAUGGACACCCUGGAUGACGGUCUUGGCUCGGAUCUCGAGCUCGAAUCCGGCGCCGUUUUCCGUGGUGCCCAGCCGCUUGAUUUCCCCCAUUUCUUCCACGAUUCCGGUGAAGAGCGAUCUGGUCGUCGUCGUGGAGGAGGGUUUGUUGGAUUGGGGGAAUUUGGCGGCGGAGAGGCGGAAUGGGUUGGGAUUGGAGAUGGAGGAGGUGAAUUUGAGAUUCGAUUUCUUGCUAUUGGGGAGAAGGAGAUUCAGGAUCGGCCGGGUGAUUGUUGAUUGCGAUUGGGUUCUCCACGUUGGGGUGAUUCUUGGCCCAUUGGCUGGAGUUGUUGUGAGAGAAAGGCAUGCCGCCAUCUUCUUUGUUUUUCUUCCUCCCCUGUUCUCGUUUCCGUUGUUUGGUUUCUGUGAAAAUUGUGGCGAGAGAGGGUUUUAGAGCGGGAAAAAACGAAGUGAGCCACGCCGCUUCCCACUUGCAAGCUGCAACAACGGCCUGAUUCGCGCGUGUAGAGUCGAGCCAAACUCCAUGAGCCAUUACUGGAAUUUGGACUUUGGAGGAUACUCCAAAAGAAAGAAGAAGA